UUGGAAUGCUUCAUCAGAUCGUAGUCGUGAAAUAAUAAUCAUUGAUCGCUUCAUCGCUCUUGUUGUUUCGGUUGCAUCGUUGAAUUAAAGGUGCAAUUUCAAUGCGUCAUCAGUGAUAUUAUAUAUUCAUCAUGUCUGCUACGGCUGUACAUAAAUUUGUAACUUUUGUAGGAUUUAUGUUUAUAUUACAUGCAGCUUAUUCUGCGGCACAACAUCGUUCCUAUUUGCGAAUCACUGAACAAGAGUUUACUACUUUGCCAAUUGACAUUUUAAUCCAAGGUAUAGCCAGUUUAUUUAUCGUUAUGUACGGCGUUAUGUACAUUGCUGGCGAUUUCAAAGAAAUCCGAGCAGUUGUCGAUUUGGAGAAUAAAUCUUGGGAGACGCUACGGAAUCUACCAUCCUUUCAAGUAUUUAAUCAUCGUGGAAGAUCUCUGUCACCAGAAUAUAUCUCUGAGUAAAAAUAGUAUAUUUUGAUAUCAAAUCAUUGAAAAAGAUAAU